AUGUCACACUCUAAACGGAACACAUCGCUCGCAUUUUUCACCGCUCAUGAACGCAGCCAAGUCCGCGCACACUGGGGCUCGCAAUCGACACGCCUGACACGCGACAGCUUCCUGCCCUUCGGUCACUGUCGCCUCUGCCUUGGCGUAGCACGGGACCCUGUCACUUGCGGUGGUAUCGGCAACAGCAGCACAAACAACGACGCAGCGAAACUAGCGCCGCCAAAGGUCCACAUCUUCUGCCGCGAAUGCGCGCUGAAUGAUCUAGUCACGCAGAGGCGAGAGAUGAAGCGUGCAGAGAGAAGCGUGGAGGAGCGCGAGAGGGAGGAUGCUGAGCGAAAGGCCGAGGAGGCCGAGAAGCAACGACGGCGGGAUGUCGAGGCCUUCGAGAGGGCAAAUUUGCUGGGCUUUGGGCCCGGCGAUGGUCUUCUAGAUGGUGGUGCGAAUGGAGCGGCGAGGAAAAGGAAGAGGGAGGCGAGGGAGAUGCAUUCGUCUGCUACUACAUCGACUUCCACCCCCGUGCUGGCCUCUAGCAAUGACGCAAAGCGGGUCGAGAGAGACGGCAGAGGCAGAGGAGGUGACCACCGCCAACACCAUAUCCCCCACCAGGACGAGGACGAGGACCACAACGGCACGAAAGAAACGAAAAAGAAGAAAUCCUCCGAGGCGAGCUUCUGGAUCCCGUCCAGCAGCACGAAGACCGACCCGACCAACAACCAUGAUGCCCCCAAACCGACCAAACUCCACCCGAUCUGCCCGGGCUCAACACCGUCAACGCAGCAUGCAUACAGCCUGAAAACACUGAUAACAGUGAAUUUUAGGAAGGAAGCCGAAGCCGACUCCUCUUCCUCUUCCUCUUCCUCUUCCUCGGCGCCGUCAUCAACAAGAACCGAGAAAACGCGGAUCUGCCCAUCCUGCAAGAAAGCGCUGACCAACACGUCACGCCCGAUGCUCGGUGCGGGUGGGGGUGCGGAAGGAUGCGGCCAUGUGCUGUGCGGCAGCUGCGUGGAUUUGCUCCUUCGUGGGCCCCCUCCGUCGGCGGCAUCGGGCCCGGCGAGGAAAGAGAUCAGGUGCUACGUGUGCGAAGCGGACCUGAGUGGCGGUGGUGCGGGCGCGAUACCCGCCCCGCAAGGCGAAGGAGACAAAGCCUCGAAACAACAGCCCAAAUCGAAAGCCAAAACGAAACACGGCGGGGGCAACAACAAGCAGGGAAGACUGCUGGAGAUCAGCUGUGAAGGGACGGGGUUUGCGGGCGGGGGCGCGAAUAUGGCGAAGAGAGAGGGUGUUUCGUUCCAGUGUUGA